AACUACGUACACAGUGAGUAUGUGGUGGUAUAGAGAACUGUCACUAGUUAUAUCGGAUACUCGUCUUAAAAUGUAUUGCAUUUCGACAAUUAUGUGAAUGUGACUACCUAUUCGACGUAUAUAUCGUACUACUUAUAGUAGUAUCCAAAACCUGGUAGAAGUGUGAUAACUAAUAAUUAUUAAUAAAAAAUAUCAAUAGUAUACUAGUCAGUCAAUCGUAUUUUUUUUAAAUUGUUAGUUCUUAAAUUCAUUCGUCUUUUGUAAUAAAUAAAUAAUUACGAGUUCCUGUAAUAGUAAUUCAGUUUAUAUUUAUCAAUUCAGUAUUGAAAAAAUACUACUUAAGUAUAACACAACUUCAUAAGUCAUAUACAUAGAGAACAGUAAAUUUUGUACCUUGUAAGUAUACACAAUUUGUAUUAUUUAACAAUUACAAAUGUUUUCCGAUGUACAUUUAUUUUUGAAAAAUGGCACCCUAGUUAUUUGAUUAGGUAACAUUUGAUAAAUUCAAGUUUCUUAAGUAACAAUGUAAAAAUAUUUUUUUUUAUAGUUUUCUUGUUAAUUAUGAUAUAAUAAUUUGUAUGUACAUUGUAUUAUAUUAUGUGAAGGUAUUGUAUUUCAUUACCACAUACUUACCUGUAUCAAUACUGAUUAACAAAGAUUUUUAAUAAAUAAUGAUAUUAAUUAUUCAUAAUAUACAAGAUAUUAUUAUUACUUGAUUAUUGAUAAUUAGUAAAUAUAAAAUUUAAAAGAAUGAUAAUUAUUAUUUAAUCAAUACUUUGUUCGUUCUAGAUAAAUUUAAAUUGGAGACUAGAUUAUGGCAAGGAAACGUCGUAGCACAACAGAAAUAAAUACAGUUGAAAAUGCUUCGGUUCCAAAACGCCGUUACACUGGGUCAGUAAAACUUAAUCCCUUUAAAUACCAUGAUUUAUUUGUCAUUAAUAUUAAACAUUUAUUUAUAUUUAUCAGUUCUCAAAGAACACCUUUUGAAGAAAUGGUAGUUUUCAACUCUAAAAAAUGUUUAACUUGGUUUAAUAAAUAUACAAAUAAUCAUUCAAGUGAUACUCUAGGUAAUUACAAAAUAAAAUUUUCAUUAAUUUCUUCAAUGUGUCAUUGCUUAAUGUAAUGAUAUUAAUAUUUUUAUAUAGGGCCUGAAGGUAUGGAAUUAUUUUGUUUUGAUAUUGAGGUUGAUCCAGAAGAUGUAGUUAUGCUUUAUUUAGCUUGGAAAAUGAAUGCCAAAUCAAUGGGUUACUUUACAAGUGCUGAAUGGUUAAAGGGUUUCACGGAAUUGCAGUAAAUAUUUUAAUAUAUAAACAUAAUAAGUUGCAAAUUAUUAUUAUGAAUUAGUUGAAGGUAUAUAUUAAUAUAUUUUAUUUCAGGUGUGAUUCAGUUAAAAAACUACAAAGUAAAUUGGAUUCUUUAAGAUUGUGUUUUAAUGACCCGUUAACAUUCAAAAGUAUAUAUAGAUAUGCAUAUGAUUUUGCCAGAGUAAGUUUUAUUUAUAUUAUUUCAUUGAAUACCUACAUUGAUACAAAUAUAUAAUUUGUUUUUAAAACAAAUUUUCUCAUAAAUAAAUCUGGUUAAAAUUUGAAAUAUGUAAGUUUUUUAUUUUUUUAACCAAGUAUUAUAAUUAAUCUUGCGGUUUCUUAAUUAUACUUUACUAUAUACUACUAAAUAUAGAGAUGUUAGAAUAUGAGAAAUAUUGAUAAUCAAGUUCUAUAAUAAUGUAGCAAAUUGUAUUAUCUAUCUUUAAUGUUCAGUGAUAAUUAAACACAAAGUUUUCUAUUCAAACUAAAUAUAUAAAACUUACACAUAUUAUGUGUUACAUAAAUCAGAAAUGGCCACAUAUUUCUGAUAACAAUUAAUUAAAUGAUUUUUUCUUAAAACUAAAGGCCAGAAUUUACCAACAAUUUAAUUUUGAUUAGCUGAUAUUAACCUCUUUUAAAAUUAGUUACACCAAGUUAUAAAUUUCACCACACUAUUAAGGCUUAAUAAUGUUUAAACACUAACCUGAAAAUUUCUAAACUGUUUAUUAAUUUUAAAUGUGUUUAAAUAUGAUAGUAAAUUAUUUUAAUGGCAGUUCAAUUUGUAAUUUAUUAAUUGAUAUGAUUUACUAUUUUAUGUAUAAAACCAUCUAUAAAUGCCAUGUUGAUCUCUGCUUUAAUAAAAGGAAGUCAUGUUUCUGUGACAUAUUUGUUGGCCAUAUAAAAUCUAAAUUAGAUUAGGUCCUAAAAUUAACCUAUAUUUAGUCACAACUAAUAAUUUUAAUCAAGUGUUAAUAUACAAAUAACUUUUACCUAACUUAAGACAAUCAUAAUUUACAUGGUGUAUCACUGUCCACAACAAUUUAUAAGUAGAUUAAUUUAUGUAAAUAACAUCCAUUACUCCCAAACCCACAAAACUGCAUAUUUAAAAACCACAUAAUAACAUUUCAUUAAUGUGGCCUUUAAUGCUCAUAAACAUUUAAACUUUACAAUUUGCCACUAAUUCAUCAAUUUUUUAGGGAUCCUUCCCCUAUUAAAAUUAAUAAGUCAAUGUUUUAUUUUUCUCAGAAAUAUACUUUUCAUGCAAUACUUAAAAGCUAUAGAAUUUGUACCCAAAAAUACUCUUACAAUAUACAAAAACUAUAACCAUGAAGACUAAAAUAAUUUUAUUUUUGAUGACUAUAACCUUGUCAGUUUGCUUAGCCCGUCCAGAAUUGUAUUUUAAUUGCAUUUAAACUUGUAAUUAUAGUUGAAAUUAAAUAUUUAUUGAAUUUAAGGAAUUUAAUUGAUUUUCCAGUUACAUUUAUUUAUUUAUACAUGUUACAAAAGCAUAAUACAUAUUUAGAUAUAAAUAUCCUGUAAGUUUGAGCUUGUGUUAGAAUAGAGUUAAUUGAUUAUAUCCAUUAUUUAUCCUGUAGCGACACAAAGUCAUUUCAUGCCACAUUUCAAGUCAAAACUAUAAUAAAUAAAUAACUUAAUUUUUUUGAGAUUUGUUAUUUAAUAACUUUGGUUUAGCAAAACUUGUAUAAUUGUACAUAAUAAAAUUAAUCAAAUUAAUGAACUAAUGAAACAAUUGUUUUGUUUUGUAUUACAUAAGUAUGGAAAAACUAAUGGGAUUUAUAAAUGAGGAUUAAGUAUUAUUUUAUUUCCAAGAGGUUAAUAGUUGAUUCUAAAAUAUUUUAUUAUAUAAAAAUGUAAGUAUGGAAAAUUAUGAUUUUUUUUCUGAAAUAGAGGAAAUUGUCAAACUAAAAAGAGUGGCAACAUUGAUUGCAAUAUUUUAUUGGUAAUUUCAGUAUACAAACUAAAUUACUUUAUAUUCUAUACCUUUCCAACUUUUCAUCUACAAUUGUGGCCUACCCAUUAACAUUAUCUUAUACGAGGAAUAUACGUACGGAUAUGUACAUUGAUGGCAUGCAAACUUCUUUUUAUAUUUUUUCAAUAUGUGUAUUUAUUUAUAACACACUCAUAUUAUUAUUUAUAUUAUAAUAUUUCUAUUUUUAGGAUAAAGAUCAACGAAGUAUGGAUGUAGAAACUGCAAAAUUAAUGCUAAAUUUAUUACUUGGAAAACAAUGGACACUUUACCCUUUAUUUGCUAAGUUUAUUGAUCAAUCCAAAUACAGAGUUAUUAAUAAAGACCAAUGGUGCAAUAUAUUGGAAUUUUCACGUUCUAUAAAUACAGAUUUGACAAACUAUGACAUUGAUGGCGCAUGUAAGUUAUAUUAAAUGAAUCUAGAACAAAAUUCCCCCAAAAAAAAAAAAAAACCAACUCAAAACAUUUCUUCUAGAAAUUUUGACGAAUCAACUUUCUAUUUUCAUUAAAUUUGUGAUUUUUAAAAAUAUUUAAAAGUUUAGGGGAAGAAAGUGUACAAUCAAUUUAGCCAUAAUAAUAAAAAAUUAAUAAAUUUGUUUACUGCUUACUGUAUAAAUAUGGGAACUUUUCUCUGAACUUUAAAAAAUGAGUAAAAUCACAAAUUUAAUGAAAAUAAAAAGUUAGUGUCAACAUUUUCAGAAGAAUAAACUAUAAAAUGGCUAUAAUCAUAUUUUUCAAAAAUAAUAAAUUAUGAUUUACCUAUACAAAAAAAAAAAAAAUUGACUAUCUUUUCUUAUUUUAGGAGAUAUUGCAAUGGAUAUAGUUUUGAGGGGUAUUCUGUAUAAUUAUAACAACGUAGAUAAAUUUGUAGUUUGAUAUGUCCACUUUAUUUGUUUUUAAAUUUAUUUUUUUUUUUUUUUUUAUUGCGGGAUUAAUUAAGUCAAUAAUUCUAAACUGCAUUUUUAUUUUUAGGGCCGGUUAUGUUGGACGAGUUUGUGGACUGGUUAAAAAAUGGAAACAGCUGAAAUUAUGGAGAUAUAUUUUAUUUGCCAGGAUUAGUAACUGGAACAAUAUAAAAUUAUUUUAAAAAAACUGAGUCGAUCUCGUCGAUGCUUUUCCAUUUCUUGAAUGAAAGUAUUUGUUUCUGUUCAGUUUUCAAAAAUACAAUAACUACCUACUUUAUAUUUUAAAAACUUAUUUACAAGUCUUCUAUUAAUAAUUUUUUUGUUGUAAAUUUAUUUAUAUAUUAAAAGUAGAUGAUUAUAUGCUGGAAUAAAACCUAUCACACAAAUGUAUUUUGUAUUUAUUUUUAUAAUAUAUUUAGUAACAGUUAUAAAUAAUUAUUAUUAGAGAUGUGAUGACCUGUUUAAUUUUUGAACCAAACCUAAUAGUUCGAUUCGAAAAUCAUUUGAUACCGAUUCUUCGCGGUCAUCAAUAUGAUGAUCUGUGGUAGGACUGAGCGGCCUUGUUAUCAAGAAGAAAAAUUCAAUUUUUUUUACACGAGUUGUUUCUCAAACCUUGCUACUUCUUUAAUAUCAGAGUUCGAAAAAAAAAUUUUGUUAAAAGUUUGUUUCGGUUCAGGUUUUAUUAAAAAUGUGUAGGUUCAUUUUGGUUUGUUAAUUUUAAAGAAAGUUUAGCCUUAAAAAUCAGGGUUUGUAACAUCUCUCAUUAUUAUUAUUUUUAGCAUAUUUAAAAUGCAUAAUAAAUUGAUUAAUUUAUUGAAUUUACAUCUAGUGUUAAACUUUUUAUUUCAAUAAUAU